CAAAUGGCUUGUUUUACAACUUCCGGUGUUGGAACGUAGCUGGUGUAGAAAACAAAACAAUGCGUCUUGGAACUGCGGGCGUGGAUUAUUUUAUAGAACGUGCCUAUAACAUGGGCCUACGUCGAACAACCGAUGCCAUGGUGUAUGCGUGUAACGUGCUCAGUUACGUUCUGUUGACAUCCAUGUUUGGAACUUACAUCGCUGGCGUGGCCAUCUUUUUCAUAGGGGUCAUCUUGACCGCUAGUUUGGAUUUCAUCAUUGAGGAGUACAUCGACCGUAUGGCUAAAGAGCACAACAUGACCCGACUGCUCAUCAACUCGUACGAGUCGGUCGUACCAACCAAGGAUGAUCUCCCUAUUGUGGUAGAGAUGGGGGGCUGGGCCCCUACCCUCAUGGCCUUCUCUAUGCUACUAAUGGGGGUUCUCCUCAUAAUGCUGUCGGCCCUGGGCUGCUUCGUCGUGAGUCGCAUGAGGGUGACCCUGCUGUUGUUUCUGCUGUUCGUCCUCGUCUUUAUGCUGAUUGUUCAGUGUGUCUUUCUGUACAGCUUUCUAAACAUGGAAUCAUCGCUGCAUAAAUUCGCCAGGAGUCAGCUGACUAACAGACUGCUGCGUGAGUAUGAGAUAGGGGCCAGAACUAGCAACACAUUUACCGUCGUGCUCAACGCGGUCAUGCUCCUGGCACACUGUUGUGGCAUUAAUGGCCCGUCGGAUUUCAAAGCCAUCAACAUGACGUUCGUGUAUUCCCUGGACAAACACACCCAUAGCUUACAGCUGACGGUCCCACCCGCCUGCUGCAAGGAGAGCUUCAUCGAACGCGGCUUCCGGCAAACGUUGACGUGCGCCCACUCUAGGGACCUCAGCAACAUAAACAGUCAGGACUGCUACUCAAUCGUGUUUCAGCUACUGAGUAACAAGCUCUCGCGUGUAGGUGCAUUGAACAUCAUCGUUGCAACACUGCUAUGGGAGUUUUUACAAACUUUCAUCACUCUACUGCUCAUCUUCCAACCCAAGCCAGAGGAGCUGUCAGCCAUGAAACAGGCGCUAGCUGCAGCCAGAGAGUAUAAGGUGGGUCACCCAUCGCUUCAUAAGAUCAAAAAAUGGUAGCCUUAAAAAAAUCAGGACUCUGUGAACCCGCCUAUACAGGGGCCCUCCAAGGCUUACACUAUUUUUGUUCCUUUUGCUGAGGGAACAUCAGAGCACUGUGGCCAGGUCACAGAGAUAUGGUGACAACAUAAGCAUGGAAUAAAU